UGCUGUAUCCAUCGCAGAGUUUAAAUUAAUAGUCAUUUAAGUGGCUCUACCGUAAAUUGUCGAUCAUCGACAUAAAAAAAUUACUGUCAAAAUGUGUCACGCAAAUAGUUUCACCGAAGUAGAAAAUGGUACUGGCCGCAGAGAUUCAAAUAAUCAGCCAAACAUGGUCGAUGAUCUACGAACUCGUAAAAGAAUCUACGACAUGGAUGAAGCUCUUUCUAAAACCAAAUUCGGACUAUUCAAUUACAUUGUGAUCUGCGUAACUGGCCUGAUUUUGUUUGUAUCUUUUUUGGAGACAUGUAGUAUAAGUUAUAUACUGCCGGUAUUGUGUGACAUGGAUUUAACAGCUAGUCAAAAAGGUGCUUUAACUGCUGCUCCAUUUGUUGGCAUAAUUUGUUCGUCGCAUUUGUGGGGAUUUGCAGCCGAUACUAAAGGUCGACGUCGAGUUAUUCUGCCUUCGUUGUUAACUGCAUUUAUACUAUCCAUCAUCUGUUCAUUUGUUCAAAAUUAUUAUAUUUUCACUUUUUUAAGAUUUCUCAAUGGUUUUUUUGUGUCUUCGUCAGCUGGUAUUUAUGCAUAUUUGGGAGAGUUUCAUAACAGCAUUCAAAGAAGUCGGGCUAUUAUGGUGUCUGCUGUAAUCUAUAGCACUUUGUGUAUAACAAUGCCGAUUACAGCUUGGUCCGUUAUCAAUCAAGAUUGGCAAUUUGAAAUUCCAAUCAUUGAUCUCACUUAUAAGCCAUGGCGUUUAUUAGUUGUGGUAUGUGGUAUACCUGGAUUUUUGUCUGCGUUGGCAUUAUUUUUCUUGCCAGAAAGUCCAAAAUAUGUGUUAAGCCAAGGUAAUAAAAUGGCAGCAUAUCAAAUAUUACAAAAAAUGAAUCGAUGGAAUAAUGGUAAAAAUGCACAACUGGAAUUAUUUGAAAUUCGCGAAGAAGUCGAAUCAACCGAAACAAAAUCCAAUAAUAUUGACGGUAUAAGUCACCUUUCCUUUCUGCAAACAAUCUGGAAUCAAACAUCAGCACUGUUCAAACCACCGUAUUUAAAAUCAACCAUCUUAGUUUGUACAAUACAAUUUGGAAUAUUUUCAAUUAGCCAUGGUUUUUCUUUAUUUUUUGCUGAAAUUGUAAAUAAAAUGUCAGCGAAUUUGGACAAUUUUUACGAUCAAAGAAUUAUGAUGUGCGACAAUAUUAAUACGAAGCCAAUGAACAGUACAGCGCAAACGGAAAUAUGUGUGGAAAAGCUUGAUUUAUCAACAAUAGAAACUGGCCUAUCAAUAGAAAUUAUAUUUGCAGUCGGAAGUGUCCUAGCCGGUUUGUUAAUUAAUAAAAUCGGCAAGUUCUCAAUUAUCUUCGUGAUUUUAAUGUUAUCCGGAUUUGCUGGAAUUGGAGCCAUGUUAACCGAUAUCCCAGCAUUGCAAGUUCCUUUAUUUGUGUGGCUGUUUUCUUGCUGUAUCGCAAUAAAUGUUGUAGCAUCAGCAACAUUUGAUUUGUAUCCAACUAGUUUAAGAGCAAUGGCCAUGUCGAUCGCAUUAAUGUUUGGACGUUUAGGCGCUGUUACUGGUACCAAUGCGGCUGCUAUUUUAUUAGAGAAUCAUUGCGAAACAACGUUUUAUCUAUCGGGAUCAAUACUUUUAGUGAUGGCUGCAUUGUCGUUUUUCAUUCCAAACAUUCACAAGAAAAUUAACGAAUCUGCCGAACAAAACCCAGUAAAGAGUAAUCACCGUCCGAGUGUGCUAUCAUUCAGUGGAUCUUUCAGAGGUGUCUAAUUUGACAAAACUCGAAAACAAAGUAAUUUAAGAGCAAAAUUAAAUAAAGCAAUAUAUCUGACACAGUCGUA